CAAUUUCACGGGACUAUUUGCGACAUUGCGAAAAAAACUUGAUGCAGUCCCGAAUUCUCGAUGUGUAUCUCCGUCUGAUUGCAUACGUUUGAUGACACCAGGUUCAAGAAAUGUUUUCGUUGAUGCGAAGGCUUUUGUAUUAGAUGAAAUCAGAAAAGAUUAUAUAAAGACGGGCAAAUGCAACUUUCAAAUAGCGAAAGAAAGUUUCAUCAGCGCCACAGCCUCGUUUGCCCUUCCGAAAAACAGUCCAUACACGCCAACUAUAAACCAAGGAAUAUUGGAACUGCUGCAGAUCGGCCUCAUCGACCACUGGGACACUUGGUUCCGCCCCAUGCCUCCUCAAUGUAAUGGAAAACCCCCAAAUGGAAACAAGACCAAGAAGCUUUCGCCUCUUUCCCUGAAAAAUUUGACCGGUGCAUUUCUAGUUUUACUUGUUGGACUGAGCCUUUCCAUUUUAGUUUUCCUCAUCGAAAAAAUCAAUUCUGUCUCUAAAUGUCGCAGUCGCAGUCGCAAAGUUAAUGGGUUGCAACGACACUAAAAAAAUUACAAAUUCGUGUAGGUGUCGUAAGAUAACAGAAGAAAAAGAACCCCCGUUUAUCCUUGGAAUAGUAUAGGUUGUAGGUAGAAUUAAAACUCGCACACAUCUGAUAUAUGGGGAAACUUUUCGAAAUGCUCAGAAUCAGCUAAAAGGCGAUCGCAUAAAGGCGGAAUGGAUAUUUUCUUGAUGAAAUGGUAAACGAUAGUUAAUAAUUGAUAAGCACUUGCGUAAAAUGUUAGUUGAACAAGUACCACGAUUAACUCGUAUAUCUUUUCGCUUUUAAAUAUUUAAUCAUGCACCUAUCAUUAGUUGGACUAUGAAGCAUAAGCUUAAAAUAAACUAUCAAAACAAUUA